AUGGUUUCUUACUUGCAACGUUGUUAUGAAAUAGCCAUCCCCGUUGUCCCGCUCAUCCGCUUACUCAACCCUCAGCCCACUCUGACUCGUCCGCAAGGGCGUGAGAGCGGAGAUGGCAUGAAUUCAUAUAAACCCCUCCUCCCCUCCGCCGCUCCAGCUCCCCCUCACGAGUCACCGCUGAACAAUCAUCGUCGCCAAAAGAGCAUGGAGCUUCCUUUUGAGACGUACGACGUCUUCACCGACACGCCGUACCGCGGCAACCCCCUCGCCGUCGUCACCAUCCCCGUCACCAUCCCCGCGCCGCCCACGCAGGCCCAGAAGCAGGCCGUCGCGCGCGAGUUCAACCUGUCCGAGACCAUCUUCAUCCACGAGCCCGCCAGCCCCAGCAGCGUCCGCCACGUCGACAUCUUUGUCACCAACGCCGAGAUUCCCUUUGCCGGGCACCCCACCAUUGGCACCGCCGUGUCGCUCCUCGGCGCCGGCGUCGACACCCUCGUCACCAAGGCCGGCCCCAUCCCCGUCGCCAGCACCGGCGGCGGUGGCGGCGCCCGCGCCACCAUCCCGCACAACGUGCACCUGCACGCCAAGCGCCUCCGCGACCUCUCCUCGCCGGCGCACCUCGAGGGCCUCUCCGACGUGCCCGCCGUGCGGGCCGCCGAGCUCGACGCCCCCGUGUACAGCAUCGUCCGCGGCAUGAGCUUCAUCCUCAUUGAGCUGCCGUCGCUCGCCGUCCUCGCGCAGGCCACCGAGUCGCGCUUCACGGGCCCCGUGGCGGAGCUGCUGGAUGACGGGUGGCGGGCGGGCCUCUGCUGCCGCUUCUAUUAUGUGCGGACCGGUGGCGGCGCCGACGACGACGGCACCGAGGUCGUGACGCUGCGCACCCGCAUGAUUGACGCCCUGUGCGAGGACCCCGCGACGGGCUCGGCGUCGGCGGCGCUGUGCUGCUACCUCGGCGCCGCGAGCGGCGGGCAAAAGACGAGCAGGCGCCGGUAUGAGCUGACGCAGGGCGUGGAAAUGGGCCGGGAGAGCAACAUUGUCGUGCAUGUGACCAUGAAGGGCAAUGCCAUCGACGAGGUGCAUCUCUCAGGCAAGGCUGUCAAGGUCAUGAAGGGGACGUUGAUCAUCUAA